AUGAGUAGAGCAUAUUUAUCAGCUUCCAUGAGAGAAAGUGAAACUUCAUUAGCAUAUUCCCUCAAUGAAGGAUAUUUCAAUCACAGUUAUAAGUCACCUAGUGUCUUCUGUGUGUCAUCAUCCCAUUCACAGGGGUUUGCCUGGAAUCAAGAUUUAUUUGCGUCACAACACCAACAACUUUGUAAAGUGAUCUACGACGGACAUGUGGAUAAUAUGACAAACUUAAUUGCAACUAUUAGGGACUAUAUCCCAAAUAAAAGGAAACCGAACAGGUACAGAGACACCUUGUAUGACGAAGAUGAAAGCGAAGACGAGGAGGAGGAAUCAGAUUACUAUUAUUACCUUAUGAACAGAUCAAGAAGAAAAUCUGAACAUUCCAUUAGCUUCAAAUCAGAUUCCAAAACUGGUAAAUACCAGAAGAAUGAGACAACGUAUGUGGAAGUUGAAUCGAAUACCCCCGAAAAUGAACAUUUGAGGUGGUUGUUAUCUUGA